AUGCAAAUCAUCUUUAAGUCAAAUAAGUCUUUCUGUAAUAUCGUUUGUUAAAGCCCUAUAAUAGUAGUGAAAGUUUUAAGUUAAAAAUCAUACGUGAAUUUUUUUAUUUCAUAAUAAGGAAAUUUCUAAAGAUCAAAGUUUUACAAAUCUUCUGUAAUGAGUAAUCCAAAUCAUACAAGAAAAUACAAGAUUUUACCAAUUGAGAAUAAUACUUAAUUAUAAUUUAUUAUCCUAAAAAAAGAAAAAAGAAUAGUUUUCUAAGAAUUUAAUUUAUUUCUUAAUUUGAUUACGAUUUUCAUUUCAUAAAUUAAGUUCCCUUAAAACAUAUUAUUUAUUUAAGAAAUGAUAAGAAUAUCGACUUGCAAAGGCGAUUAAAGCAUUGAUCAAGAUAAUGAAAUCAAUUGGUGUUUUGAGUAACUGUAAACAGAAGUUAGUGCUAAAAGACAUGAAACUAAAAUAAGAACAGAUAAAAAUAACAAUGAAAUCAAUGGUUAGAACAAAAAAUUCUCAAUAACCUUUAGAGACGAGAUUUUUCCAAAAGAAGGUCUUGCAGAUGUUUAAAUAGUUGAAAAUUGGAAAAUUUAUAAUGUAAAUUAAGAGAGAACAGCAGCAAAUGAUUGUUCGUGUUAAAUCUCAUGA